AUGGGAUUGGACUUGAAUCGUGAUCUCCACGACUUCCAGCACUGGCUCAAUGAACUCCAAACUAGCAUGUAUGAGUUUAAGCAUCUAAAGAUAACAAAUGACACAGACUUGGAGUUCGUGCGUCUGAGUACUCAGACUAAGACAACGGAAUUGUAUGAAAAGCUAGAAGAACUUGAAAAUGUCAUCAGCGUGAAACUUGAUUGCGUAUCUGGAGAUGCUCAGAAAGACAUAGAAUACCAGUUUGCGCUACUCAAAGAGCGUUUUUUUGAUGUUAGAGUAGAUUUUAGAGAGUUAUUACUGUCCUCUAAAUCUUGGACGGUGCAAGAGGAAGAAGUGCAAAAUGAUGAGUUGACGAACGAGCCGAUCCUAGAUGAUCAUAAUCUCGAAAAACUCACCAAGGAAGAACAGCUGCUGAACAAAAACUCGCUUCUCACGAAUAAGCUACAAAGUGUGAAUCAAUUGCUACAGUCAUCGCUUUUGGCCAGCGAGAUGAAUAUUUCAGAUCUUGCACAUUCAACGAAUUCCCUGACAGACUUAUCGAAUAAAUACAGUUAUUUCACAGAUGUGCUUCAAAAGAUCCAGUUGUGGAACUGA